AAAUUUGGAGUUAAAUAUCACGCCAGUAUAUGAAGAAAUUGCCUGUGCAUUUUCGUCGAUUUUAUGUUUGUCUGUUAUAAACUCAAUGUUAAAUUCUACAUUGCUAUAGACAACAGGAACAAGGAGCAAUGGAUCAAACAAUUAAGUUAACUCAGUUAGCUACAGCUUUGCUACUAUAUGUUUUUCUUUGAUGUUUACAUAUUCUGACAACAUGCAAUGAAGGUGUUUGCCUAUUCACCUUUAACACGGAUAGUUAAGUAAUUACGGUGACUAAACAGCUGCAAUAGUCUUCUUUUAAACUUAUUUAUCUUUUAACUUAUUGCAUUGCUACAACAUGGGUUAGCUUGUGCUAACUAGCGAUUCGGUUGUUAGCCUGUAACGUCAGUCACAAUUUUGUCGCUCAAUAUAGCCUUCCGAGUCGCUCUGUUGCAGUAUAUUCUGCAGAACGGGGCACGCAGUAAAAACCAAAUUUAAGGCCAAUUACAGUGUCUGUUUUAUUCGUUUGAUCACAUCUACCUGGACCUGGUGCACAUCCAAAAGAACGCCUCCAUGGUGUUCCGUAGACUCCUAAGGAAACGCUGGGUUUUGGGGGUCGUGUUUGGACUCUCCCUAAUAUACUUUUUAACUAGCACGCUGAAACAGGAGGAGAGAGCCAAACACGAUCGGACCCUCCUGGAGGCACGGGACCCCGAUCACCAUAUUCCAUGGAAGGUCCGCUUCAACUUGGGAAAUAGCAGCAGACAGAUCACACAAUGCAGAAACUCCAUUCAGGGCAAGACCCUACUUACCGACGAACUGGGUUAUGUUUGUGAGAGGAAGGACUUGCUGGUGAACGGGUGCUGUAACGUGAAUGCUCCAAGUUCCAGACAGUUCAUCUGUAAAAGCUGUUUGCCCAAUGGCUGCUGCAGCGUCUAUGAGUUCUGUGUGUCCUGCUGCCUCCAGCCCGAUAAGCAACCUCUGCUGGAGCGUUUUCUGAACAGGGCCGCGGAGGGAUUCCAGAAUCUUUUCACGGCAGUGGAGGAUCACUUUGAGCUGUGCUUGGCCAAAUGUCGCACCUCCUCACAGAGUGUCCAACACGAGAACACAUACAGAAACCCUCAAGCCAAGUACUGCUAUGGAGAGAACCCUCCGGAACUCCUCCCCGUCUGAGUUCUUGCUGAUCUUGGAAAAAACGAGAGAGAGAGAGAGAGAGAGAGAUUGGCUUUUUGAAGACCAGAGACUGCUACCUCUA